AUGCCGUACAUUGUCCUAUUCUAUCCUAGAAUACUCUAACUUAUUCUAUCAUAUUCUAUUCUACUUUGCCGUACUCUGCCCUAUCAUAUCCUACCAUGACCUAAUCUAUCCUAUUAUUCUCUAGUUCACUUUACUGUAUCCUGCCCUAUCACAUCUUAUGCUAGCCUAAAAACUAGGGUAGCGUAAGAUGUGAUUAAGAAGAUACUGUAGCAGUAUACUAUAGAAUAUAAUAUACUUACAAUGAAAGCGUGACAAUCAUAAAGGAGCUUUUUAAUUGUUUUUUUUGCAAUUUUUUUUUAAAUGAUAAAUUAAAAUUUUAGCUGGGUAAAUUAAAAUCCUCUUCAGGCUUAGGGUUUGAUGGUUUAUAUAAUUUUGAAUUUUAGGCCGCUCUGAAGAACCGUGCUCCAUCGGCGAAAGGUGAACUGCCUGACGCUGAAGUCGACACCACCUUGGCAGUGCUUUACUUGAAGUAAGUUUUCUACAAUGUAAUUUAAGUUUUUGCAUUUGGAAUCAGUUUUAUAUUUUAGUGUCAAAUUGUUAAGACUGGAACCGAUUUAAAACAUUUUCUUUUAGGCCUAAGCCAGUUACCACCACCACCACGACCGAGCCUACCACUGAGGUCUCCGAAACGGCCGUUUCUAAUUCAACCACUGAAGGAUCAGUGUAAGUGUUUAUGGCAUUCUUUGGUCUGUGUUUCGAAUUCACGCUAAGACGGAGUAAUUAACUUUUUUUUUAAUUUUUAUGAUUUUUGAAAACGAAACUAGCCAAUAUAAACUUUUUGUAAGGAACUAAACAUUUAAGUUUAGUUUCACUCUGACAUUUGUGUUUCAGCACCUCCACCGCAUCUGUAGAUCCUUGGAUGAUUGGUCUCAUUUGCGUUGUUGUUGGAAUCUCCAUCGGAAUCCUGGUUGCACUUGUAGUGUAUUACAAGAUGAAGGGCAAGAGAACUCACAAAAAGAGCAAGAAAAGAAAGAAGAAAACGUCGAACACAUCGUCGGACACAUCGUCAAACAUCAAGUCCAACAUAUCGAACAUAACAUCGAACACACCAGCGGACACCAAAUCGAACACACCAGCGGACAACAAAUCGAACAUACCAGGACCGAGCCCAACGCCGAAGGAAGAACCGAAGAAGGGCAGAGUAUUUGUCAUAGGCAAAAUGCCUGUUGCAGAACAAGUUGGCGCAAAUGGGCAGGUUAUCCCUCCUCAUUAUGAUGAUGCAGUUCGGAUAGAGUUUGCUGAAUCUCCGCCUAAAACCCCGUCCGAAAGAUCCGCACGUGUCUAA